AUGGAUAGCAGUGGUAACGAAGAAAUAAAUAUGGAUCAAGAUAAAAAUAAUCUUGAAGACGAGUAUGGGUAUGAGGAUGAUGGAUAUAAUGAUGAGGCUGAAGAAGAUAAUAAUGCUAAUGAAGCUAACUAAGGUUAAGAAGAGGAUGGUGAAGAUGAAGAAGAGGAAGGUGAAGGCGAAGAAGAAGAGGAUUAAGAUGAUGAAAAUAACUAAGUUUAAGAUGAAAACGAUUAAAAUAAUGAAUAUGAUUUUGGUUCAGAUAAUAACGCGGAAAAUGAUAUUAUGUCUAACAAAAAAUAAAUCUAAUCUUAAUAUAAUAACAACCAGAGAAGUACAAGCUAGACUAAUUAUAAUUAAAAGUAGUAAAGAAUGGAUGAAGAAGAGGAGGAGGAAGACGAUGAAGAUGAUAGAUAAAUUUAGCAAGACGAAGAAGAUGAUGAAGACGAAGUUGAUGAUGACGAUGACGAUGAUGAUGAUUUUAAUGCAGUUUCUUCAAAGAAAAAAUAAGCAAAGAGCAGAGUUUCAACUUCUAGCAAAUCAUAAGUUUAAGUUUAAAAAGAAUAAGAAACCGUUUCAAGAACUAGAGGAGGUCGCUAAGGAAGAAGUUAAGCUUUAAGCAAUUAAAGCAAUUUAAGUUUAAAUGCUGCAUCUUCAAAAAAAAAUGAAUAAAAUCUUUAAAGCUAGUAAAGCAUUAGAACAAGUGGGAGAUCUUCAACAAGAAAUCAGUCUCAAUAAGACGUGAGAUUAUAACUAUAGCAAUAGGCGAGUUAAUCUAAGACAAGAGGAGGAAAGCAACCAUCAUCCUAAUAGAGUGCUAUUCCAUAGAAGAAAGAAGUAAGCUCUUCAAGAAAAAGAAAUGGACCUUAAUAGCAACAAGAUUAUGAUGAAGAUGAUGAAGAUAAAUAGUAAAUUGUUAUGGAAGAAGAAGAAGAUUAAGAUCUAGAAAUGGAAGAAGAUGAUAAUAAAUAAGAAGGAGAAGAUGAUGAAGAUUUAGAAGAUGACGAAGUAGAUGAAGAUGAAGAAGAUGAUGACGAUGAAGGAGAAGAAGAUGAAGAUGAUGGAUAAGGUGGUUCAGUUGAAGGAGGCAAAAAGAAAUCAAAGAAAAAAGGUGGAUUAGGAGGUGAUAAAAGCUAAUCAUAAGACCAAUAAGAUAUCAAAAAUUAAAAUAGCUUAAAAUUAGCGAAUGAAAAAAAGAAAAAUGAAUUCUGGAAGUAUCGUCACAAAAACAAAGAAGAGAAAUGGAGAGCUCCUUAGUAAGAAAUAAGACCACUCAACAAUCUUGAUGAAGAAUCUGUCUUAAGAUAUUCUAUUGAAAGAGCUGCUAAAUUUAAUGAAGAAAUCCUAAGUUAGCAGUUUAGAGUUUCUGAAAUUUUAAAAUUCCAUGAAAAAAAUAAAAUGUAGUAAAAAUAAAUACCACUAGAACACUAAUAAUAAAACUAGGCCUUCCCAUAAAAUGUUCCUGUUAUUGUGAUAACAGAAGAUGACUAUAAAUAUUUAGUAAACUAUAAUUAAUUCUACCAAAAAUCUACAAUAGAAGAAUUCAUAAAUAAAAACGUCUAGCAUGAAAAUACAGAUUGCUUAGGAGAUUUGUCCAAGUUUGGUAUUAAAAAGCAGCCUUUACCUAAAAAGAAGCCUAUAAAAAAGAAACCCUCUAAAAAGAGUACAUUUGGUGCUGAUUUGCUACAACAAUAUGAAUAAGAUUGA